AUGUACAUCCCAUAUUUAAUCUAUCUGAUCUUCCUAAUCGAUUUUUCCACCGGUUGCGCCGGUCUUUUCGGUGGUGGAGGAGGUGGUGGAGGUUGUUGCUGUCAAAGUGGGUGUGGAAGGAAGAAAAGAAGUGUCGAUGAGGAGUAUCAAGCUGCGGAAUUUCGUGGAAUAGCUAGCAGGAAUGAAGAUAUGAUGUGUAAUAGCCCCGAGAUGAAGUCAUUGAUUGUGGCGAACAUGAAACCAACACCCCAGGCAUCGUCAAAAUCAUUGCAACUCGCUCUGGAAGACCACGAUUCUCAUCGUUACGUGGUCGUGUGCUCCGAGAAUCUGUUUCACUACUCCAUCAAACACGACUCGGCGUAUUGUGGAGCAAGGAAUGGCAGUCAUUAUUGUCAGGCGUUUGCGAUAUAA